ACUGUCAAAGUGCGUUGAACGCUUUGUUUGUAUCAGAAUCAGAGCAUUUGUAAUUAUUUAUUUUAUUGUUUAUUUAUUACUUAUCACUCGAUGGAAAUUGAAUGUAAAAUUAAUUCAUCGUAUUUUCUACUCAAUGGCGAUUAUUCCGAUCGAAGAAAUACAUAUGUGAUAUUGGACGUUCAGGUUAAUCAAUUUAAAACGCUAAGAAAAUCAAAGAAAAUCAUUAAACAAUUUUAACUCUGUUACUUUAUACGAUGAUUUCGUGGAUAUAUUGACGAGGAAGGCAUUCCAUAAUUCUGCAUAUAAUAUAUACGUGAAUAUUUUAAAAGAAAGAUUCUAACCUGAAAAUGAGUUACAAUAAAAAAGUAUCGUAUUUCUAUAAUCCUGACGUUGGAAAUUUUCAUUAUGGUCCAGGACAUCCGAUGAAACCUCACAGACUUUCUGUAAUUCAUAGCUUAGUACUCAACUAUGGUUUGCACAAAAAAAUGCAGAUAUAUCGUCCAUACCGUGCUAGCACCCACGAUAUGUGUCGUUUCCAUUCGGAUGAAUACGUGGAAUUCCUGCAAAGAGUAACACCACAGAAUUUACAAGGAUAUACCAAAUAUCUAAGUCAUUUUAAUGUAGGAGAUGAUUGUCCUGUCUUUGAAGGAUUAUUUGACUUUUGCUCUAUGUAUACCGGUGCCUCUUUAGAGGGAGCUACCAAGUUGAACAACAAUUGUUGCGACAUUGCUAUUAACUGGAGCGGAGGACUGCACCAUGCAAAGAAAUUUGAAGCCUCUGGUUUCUGUUACAUCAACGACAUCGUGAUUGCAAUUUUGGAGCUGCUGAAAUAUCAUGCCAGAGUCCUUUACAUAGACAUUGAUGUUCAUCAUGGGGAUGGAGUUCAAGAAGCGUUCUACCUCACUGAUAGAGUAAUGACUGUAUCUUUUCACAAAUAUGGAAAUUAUUUUUUUCCUGGAACUGGUGAUAUGUAUGAGAUAGGAGCAGAAAGUGGAAGAUAUUACUCUGUCAAUGUACCUUUGAAAGAGGGCAUAGAUGAUGCGUCUUACGUUCAAGUAUUCAAACCAGUCAUAUCUCAUGUGAUGGAGUUUUUUCAACCGACAGCUAUCGUCUUACAGUGCGGGGCAGAUUCCCUUGCAAACGAUCGUCUUGGUUGCUUCAGCCUAAGCACAAAAGGGCAUGGAGAAUGCGUAAAGUUUGUAAGAGAUUUAAAUAUACCUCUGCUGACCGUAGGAGGAGGAGGAUACACACUGCGAAACGUUGCACGUUGCUGGACUUAUGAAACCUCUCUUCUCGUCGACGAACAAAUUAGCAACGAAUUGCCGUACACGGAAUACUUGGAGUACUUUGCACCAGAUUUCACGUUGCAUCCUGACGUUGUAACAAGACAAGACAAUGCAAACAGUAAACAAUAUUUAGAAGCUAUUACAAGACACGUGUAUGAUAAUUUAAAAAUGAUACAACACUCUCCAAGCGUCCAGAUGCAGGAUGUUCCAUGCGAUGCUCUGCCACCCGAGGAAGAGAGACAACCAGAACCGGAUCCAGACUCUAGGCAAAAUGUACAAGACACUGAUAAAAUAGUUGAACCAGCUAAUGAGUAUUAUUCAGGAGAGAAAGACCAAGACAAGAUGGAUGUAAGUGAAUCGUGAUGAAGGAACGGAUAAAUUAGGCAUUUUUAAAAUAAGAAUGGUAUAAAAACAUAAGAAACUGGAAUGAAUAAUUGUAAAUAUUAAACACGAAUUGUAAAUAUCAUUGAAUACAUUAAAAAUAUUUUUACUUCUUCAA